AUGGACAAACUUCCCUUAAUAACAGGAAAACCCAAAAAAUCUUCAGAAGAAGUACACCAGGAAGAUACUGAAUCACCAAUCCCUUUAGAAUCCAAAAAUAUUACCCUUGCCCCGAUAGUCCGAGUUGUUUCUCAAAAAACCGUCGACAAACAUUGGAAGCCUUUAAGCGAAAAAUCUAGACAAAACUUUCGUGACAUUUUAAGCAGUACAAUUCCAGUCGUAAUUAAUGGCGUUCGUGGAAAAAAAAAGGCGGAGCUACAAAGAUUAUUGGAUGAAUUAAUUUCAAAAAUUGACCAAAAGCUAGAGACGAUCCCAGUACCCAAAUACUCUAAGAAAGCAAGUUUCGAUUACAACAAGAUUCAUUCUCAAAAUCAAGCAUUGGAGAUGGCGUUAGCCAAUGAAUUAGAGCAGAUAGGUCAAAUGGAGAUUAAACUAGAACACGAGACAUUACUUCUAGAAGAAGACACGAAAACAUUAGCAAAGCUCAAAAGCGAUAAAAAAGCCGUUGAAACUAGAAAUAAAAUGCUUCAUAGGACAAAACUUCACCCGCUUUUAAAGAAUGAAUUUAAAGAUGUUAUCGAAGUAGAUGAUGAAUUGAUUAAAAAACAUCUUAAACCGUUAAAAGAUCGAUCAUCGUUACUUUGGGAUCCCGAACAAGAUCACGAACUUUGUGAAGUCAAAAAGUCAAUUUCUUCUCAUUUACUGUCGAUUGAAAAAAAUACAAAG